GCAUUAACCCAAAAAAAAAUCAUACAACUCAAACUCAAUAUUACAAGGCAAGAUAAUAGAACUACAGAGGUCUCUCUCUCUCUCUCUCUCAAAUAUGCAGACUUUAACUCUGAUUCCACCCAGAGUUUGCAAGAUCAAAUCCUCCAUUUCAACAAAGGAAAUCAAAGAAAACAGGGCAGUAGCGGAACAUGGUAAAAAUGAAGUGAAGUUCUUGAAUAUCAAGAAAAUGCUGGUUCCAUCUUUAAUGGCUGCUGCACUACUCACCUUAUCUCCAGUCAUCAAUCCUCCAGCAUCUUUUGGACAGACUGCUGAAGUACACAGAGGAGCUUCGCUGUUUAAUCGAGCUUGCAUUGCAUGUCAUGUUGGAGGAGGAAACAUAAUUCAGCCAGGUGCAACGCUUUUCUUGAAAGAUCUGCAAAGAAAUGGAGUUGACACAGAAGAUGAGAUAUACCGUGUAACGUACUAUGGUAAAGGAAGAAUGCCAGGGUUUGGUGUGGAUUGUAAACCAAGGGGUCAAUGCACAUUCGGGGCUCGUCUGCAAGAUGAUGAAAUUAGACUUCUAGCAGAGUUUGUGAAAUCACAGGCUGCUGAGGGAUGGCCAAACAUUGAGAUUUCAGGAGAGUGAUAUGAUGGACCAAGAAAACAAUGAAAUUGCCUCAAUAUAACCAAGCUCUAUAUAUUGAAUGUAGGAAUGUUUGUAUGCUAUAACUGUAAUGCCAUUGUAAUGUUAGCAUAUUAAGAGAUCGAAAAACUAUGACCAAAUUAAAAGGGCAUCAAUUCAGUUUUGAAGUA